AUGACUUUGAAGGCGGCCAAGAAGCUUUUGAGGAAAGAAAUGGCCACGAAAUUGGCGCAGAUUAGUGAGGAUGAGAUUGAUCGGCAGAGUAAAGCGGUGUUCGAUAAAGUAAGCAGGAGGGAAGAAUCAAAGUCAUUUUAAGUAAUUUUAGGUACGGUCAGCAGAAUGGUUCGUGCAAUCUCAACGGAUCUCCAUUUACGUUAACACAGCCGGCGAAAUCAAGACCGAUGAGAUUAUCAAAUUGGCUCUGUUAGAAAACAAGGAAGUUUUUAUUCCAUGGUAAGAGUUAUGACACACUUAUUAAAUUUCAAAUUAUGCAAAAGAAAAUGAAUCAAUGUUUUUAAGGUUCCAAAAGGGAAAUCCAAAGAUGUUCAUGGUGCAGAUAAACUCUGUAAAAGAAUUCGAUGACUUAAAACCAACACUGUGGGAUAUCCGACAGUUUGAGAGCAUCGAUGGACGAACCACUUAUGAUAACACUGGUAAUUAACUUAAACUUAACUACAGUCAAAGCACUACAAGCAAGGGACCAAAAAUUUGCUUUUUAAAAAGCGGCUUCGUUUCACGGAGGUUCACUUUAGUCUAAUUGUUAUAAAUUUGUUGUACAGAGGUUCCACCGUAUUUGAGAUGAGUUACUAUUGAUAAUGAUGAUUCCAGGUCCCCUAAAUCUUAUCCUUGCUCCGGGAGUGGCAUUUACAAGGUCAGGAGACCGUCUAGGCCAUGGAAUGGGAUUUUACGACAAGUUCUUUAGAGAGCAUAACCUCAAUUUCCCAAACGCCACAGCGCCUUACCGGGUAGCGUUGGCAUUGAAUGAGCAGAUCCUGGAAGAAGUCCCUGUGGAAGAUACGGACGUUAAGAUAAACUUAGUUUUAACUGCUGAUGACUAAACUAAUAAAUAAGCCUUAUCUACGUUUUAUUUAUUCGCGCGGGAACGCCGCCGGAUCAGCAGACAAUUGGCAGGAGGCAAAAAAGCCAAGCAAUCGCCGAAAAAAUAAAUACCUCGUUUGGGAGAGGGCUCUAAAAGUCGUUGUGCCAAUAUUUCUUCGGAAGACCUUUCCUAUAUUCACCUUUAUGUUUGAUUUAUUUGUAAAUGAUUUCUCAAUUUUAUAAAAAUCUUCGCGAACUCCUGAACAUGUACAGGUUGAAUUAGUUAAUUUCAGAUGGUCCACAAAAGAUUCUCCCAGUCAGCCUUAACUCGUAUGUUGGAAAUGAAGAAGGAGAAGAGAAUGAAACUAAAAAUGCAAAAAUGGUCGAUGCGGGAAAGAAAGAAGACGAAGAAGUUUGCUUCGGAAACUGCCGUAAUCAAACGAACUAAUUGCUCGCACGGCGUCACAUUAUCGAGGGUUCUAAAAGCCAAAAGAAAAAGAUUGAAACAAAUAAAACAAGAGGAAGCAGAGGCUGUGGAAAGAUUGGCAUCCAGUUUCAAUUUUAGUGUCAACGUCGAAUCCGAUGAGAAAAUUAAAAAUAUUUUGAAAAAGUCUGUAAGUACCUCCCUUUCCCAAAAACAUUUGGUCAUAGUUUUAGUGCAGAUCAGUAAGUAUUCGACCAUUCUGUAUUUCAGAAAAGAUCUCGCCGACAAAAACGCGCUGGGAAAACGCGGGUACCGGAAGAAAAUUCUAAGCGAAACAUCUCAGAGGUCUCGAUGGAGAAGAAAAAAAUGAAGUCCGAUGUCGAAAGUUUAGAGAGUCAAGUAUCAGGCCUAGCAUUGGAGAGAAAAUCAACUGAAUACGUAUGCCUUUGA